AUGAACUACCCCGCCAACAGCACCCAACUCGGUCAAAUCGCCCUGGAGGAGUCGGAAUUGGACCUGAAAAUCAAUUUAAACGACCCAGAAGACCCCAUGAAACUCCAACUGGCCAUUGGAGAUUUCUCCCUCAGCGAUUUGACCCCAUUUUACAGCGAUAAAUAUGGCCAACGGGUGGCGAUUGAACGGAAAAUUCAGAAAAGUUUGGAAAAAGAAGACAAGAUUACGGUGGAUGUCCUGAAAUUCCGGACAGAUGACCCGGAAUUGAAGCGAAAAUUUGACAUAAAAGUGGACGUCAAAACACCCAAGGAACUGGAGUUGUUUUAUAUACACACUCAUCGGUAUUUUUGUGCCUUUUUGGAUUUCUGGUUCAACUUUGCUGACCUGGGGGAUCAAGUGAGAAGAAAGAAUGAAAAAAUUAGUCAAGUAAGUGAAAAUAAAGUCGAAUUUGGUGGGAAGAUGGGGGAGUUGUGGAGAUUGGAGUGUGAAGAAAGUUUUUAUAUGAGUUUGAGGGUUGGAAUGGACCUGGGACAUUGUUUUAGGCAAAAAAUGAAAAAAAAAUUUGUCAUGGAUAAUAUAAAUUUUUGGUGGGAAAUUGGAGAAAUUGCUUGGAUUUGAGUUGGAAAGGAUGUGAAUGGACCUGGAACAUUUUUUUAGGCAAAAAAUGAAAAAUUUUUGUCAUGGAUAAUAUAAAUUUUUGGUGGGAAACUUGGUAAAUUGCUUGGAUUUGAGUUGGAAAGAACGUGAAUUGGAUUUUUUUUCGAAUUCUUUUGUAUAAUGACCGUUAUUUUUACCAUCGAAUUUUUGAGAAUUUUGGAUUUUUUUGGAAUUGUUACCUAAAAAAAAUUUUUUUUGAAUGUUUUUGUAGGAGUUUGGUGAUCUAGAAUGGAGCUGGGACAUUGUUUUAGGCAAAAAAUGAAAAGUUUUUUUCAUGGAUAAUAUAUAUUUUUGAUUGAAAAUUCGAGAAAUUGCUUUGAUUUGAGCUGGAAGGACCGUGAAUUGGAUUUUUUUGGAAAAUGACCGUUAUUUUUACCAUCGAAUUUUUGAGAAUUUUGGGGUUUUUUGCAUUUAUUACCUAAAAAAUUUUUUUUUUUAUUUUGUUGUUUCAGUGCGUGGACGGCCAAAAAACCCGAUGCAAGCUGACAGUGGACCUCGCCUCUCCAACCCAACUAGUCCUGCCCCUAAAUCAGUUCAGCGAUGAUCUAAUUUUACUCGAAAUGGACUCGGUUCGCAUCAAAAACGAAUUCCUUCUGGGCUCUCAGACGAAGGAAUUGGAAGAACACGCCAUCGAAACACUCCAUGGAGACGAUGAUUAUGAUUGUUUGUUGGAUAAAAUGUCGCUGAUAUGCGAGAAACUUCGGGUCUUUGCGGGGAAAAGAUUGGACGCCUUCACGAAUCGACCGGUCGAAAAGAAACACCGAAGAAUUGGCCAAGAAGUUUUUGAAGACUUCUGUUUGGAAAUUCAGGAUGAGAAUAUCCUGAAUAGACCGUUCGAUUUGAACAUUGAAGUGUUCAAAAACUUGUCGUCGUUUAUUUCACAUAAUUGUAAGUGGAAGUUGAGGAGUUCCUGGAGAAAUUUUAUCUUUUUGAUGCAUUUUAUUUUAUUUUAGCAAGAAUUUUUUGACAAAGAAAGUACUUCUAUGGGAUAUGGAGUUACAGGUCGAGGAAUAUGUCAAAAAAAAACGUAAAAUUUUUCUGAUUCAGAAUAUGUAGAAGUUAGCUGCCUAGUUUUGGUUUGUAAGGGAUAAACGUAACCGACAUCCUUAAAAACACAAUUAAGAAGUCGUGUGAAGCAACGCUAUCAUCUUGAAGUUGAAAACCUUGUUAAACGUGGUUCGACCUUUGCUGAAUCUGUAAAAUUGAUCUUGGGGCAAUUUUUAACAGUCUGAAAACGGAUCUCGGGAAUCUUUUGAUUAAUUUUAAAAAGGCAAUGCGUUGGCAAGUAAUUUUUUGCUUUAAAAAUGUACUGUUAGUUGUUAUAGUAAAGAAAAAUAUGUCACAUCUGAUAGCGGAUUAAGGUUUUUUAAUUUUUCUCAAUUUUUGGGCCGGCCAGGGCCGGGCCGCGGGCUGGGCCGGGCCGGGCCGAAGAAAAAUUGAAACGGGCCGGGCCGGGCCGCGAUUUUCGGCCCGCGCCGGCCAGAGAGCCAAGUCUACCUGUAACUCCAUACCCCAUAGAAGUACUUUUCCUGUAAAAAAUAUUUUUUAGUACCCGAACUCUCCGUCCUCACCCAUUUCGAAGACCUGGAACUCCGAUUCACCGUCGAUUUUUACAAACUUCUCCGUGGGUUCCUGGAGAAAAAUCUCGGCGAUCAGCUGAUCCCAAAUCCCGACACGAUCCCAUUCGAAGUCCUCCAGUGCCCGGAUAAAGGCUUAGUUGCCUGCACCGCUCAAAAAUACGCAACCUUUUCGAAUCGCAUGGACUUUCGCAACGUGACCUUCCACUUUUUGAACCCGAAAGAGGGAUGCCCAGAAGACUUUGAGAGGUUCGGCAAAGUACUCCUGCACAAAGCGAGGAUCUCAUUCGACGCCUACAUCGACAAUCAGUCCGAGCUGGACAUUAUCUGCGAAAGCUCCGAGCUGGCCGACUCAAGAUACGACGACUUCCCAGCCAAUCAGCGUCCGAACAUCUUCACAACGAUUGUCCAGCCAAGAAAGAAGGGGAAAAUUAGCGAAGGGUAGGGAAUUGGGAGUGGAAGCAAGGGAGAGUCCUUCCGGAAAGUCGCUGGAGUGAUUUUUGCGACAUGCACUAUGCGAAAAAAGUCAGGGUGCGAGCGGCACCCACUAAGAAAUAUGUGGCUAUCAAAACUGAAUGUCAUUUUCGAAAUCAGCGCCAUCGAUUAUCCUAAUUUCGACACUUACAGUGGGGGACCUGAUCCAAUGGCAAAAAACAUACCAUUUUGCAUCCGGGAGGCAUCAAAAAUGUGGUAAAAUGUUUCCCUCUGCAAGUGAAAAUACUUCGUUUUGAAGGGGCUCCCUCACAAAAAGAGCGGGCGCCCUUUUGAAAUCGGAGUUUUCUCACUUGGAGAGGGAGGUAUUUUGCCACAUUUUUGAUACUUCCUGGAUGCAAAAUGAGGAAAAAUGUGUUUUUUUUCCUUUCUUUUGUACUUUUUUUGAAGUCCGAAGAAUAAUCAACUUCGUCCCCAAAAAGUUGUUUUUGACCUUUUUUUCAUAUCGAAUUUGAUUUUAGCAACACAAUGGCCCUCAUGUCCGAAGCCCACAUCAUGAUGAAGAAGGACGAAGCCCCCGUGGUCACCCUCGUCCUCAUGAACUCCCGCGUUCUCCUCAUCUUGGACUGGCUGAAUAUGGCCAAGGAUUUUGUCCUCCAAAACUCGGACUUCCAGCCGCCCGACGAGCCCGCCAGAACAAAUGUUCGGAUCCCAUUUGCCAUUCCGAAGGAGGGGAUUUUGUUGAGGAACGGACAAAAUGAAAAGAAACCGGCGAAAAUUAACGCACAUACGAUAACUUUGAAGAUCACGUUGAAAGAGUCGGAUUUGGUUCUACUCGAAAAUAGCUCACGACCAAAUUCGUUGGCCCUGGUGGGACAUACGACGGCGGUUUUGGGCCUCCAUGAUCAAAGCGGAGUCUUCGAAGGCAACUUUGAAGUUCAGAAUAUCGGCCUCAGCUGGUGUUUGAUGUCCGCGGAAGCGUCGACUCAUUGUCAAAUUUCGAAUGAGUUUGAUCUAACCGCCAGCUUGACCAAAGAACCUCAGUCGACCAGGAAAAAACGUUUAUCGGGAUUGGACUCGCUGGAGACGGGCAAAACCCGCCAAUGCUUGAGCUUCGGCCUCGGAGAAAUGGUCUUCCGCCUGUCGUAUAAGGACAUCCUGGUGGUGCAAAGUGUCCUAACGGGAGCAUUGGAGCGCCUAGCACCUCCGAAGAAUGCGGGACAUCAGAGAAGCGGGUCGCCGACGAAUCUACCAAUGGAAGUUACACCAGGUGGGUAGUACAAUAUAAAAAUAGAUGAAAGGUGGGGUGGAAGUGGGAGUUUGGUGUUUAAAUGGAAAGUAUAUGUUGCUAGAUGUUGGUAACGGCCUAUGAAAGUUAAAUUUACCGGGUAGAAGAUGUGGUUUUGGUCCAGUGUAAGAUAAUUUAUAUUUGAUUUCAGCUCCGAUUUAUAUAAAAUCCAUCGACUUGACGGCUCCGAAUCUGAGUGUAUGGCUUCUGGAUGACUCACAGAACGUUGCUUUACCAUUGGUUCGACUAGUUACAUCAGGUAAAAAUAUUAAAAAAAUUUUUUUUGUGAUGGAUAAUAUAAUUUUUUGGAAAAUUUUUUUAAUUUUUUGCGUGAUCUUUGUGUUUUCAGAUCUAAAGCUCUUCCAUGUCUCAGAAAAAUUCGAUGUAGCCCUACGACUGAGCGUUGACUACUUUAAUCAACGAGUUUUCGGAUGGGAACCACUUUUGGAGCCAUGGCAGAUCGAAAAGAUUGAAGUUAUUUGUGGAAUUCACCAUAAUUCCCUGAAAAUACAGCCCGCUCUUCGAAGCCCAUUGAAUUUCAACCUCUCACAAAGCUUUGUUCAACAGGCCAAGCAUUUUUCGUCCAAGUGGGCAGCGAUUAAAACGGCGUUGGAAACGGAUUUGAGGUAAAAAAUUUUAAAAUAAAAAAAUGUUUUUUUUUUUUUGUGAUUUUUGAUUUAUGCAUUUAGAACAAUGUGUGUGAGGUCGAGAAGCGAUCAUUUGCCGUACAUUUUGAAGAAUGAAACCGGAUCUAACUUGAUCUUCACCACAGCGAUUGAUGAAGUUCAGAAGGCUAGAAAGGAGCAAAGAAAACCCAACGCAAAAUGGUUCACAGCCCUCACGGAUAAAAGCUGCACCUUUGAAUUCCCAACGAAAUUGUUGACUGUGGUAAGAGAGCUUUGUUUUAGGCGUUAGGCGAUUUUUAUUCGGGAUUUUUUGAGGGAAAGUGGUGAUUUUGUUGAAAUUUUUUGAAGAGGGAGGAUGAAAAUAGGGACGAAUGGAAUUUUUUGAGAAUCUAGCAUACUGUAGUGUGGCGGAUCUGAUCCAGUGCCAAAAAAAGUAUCAUUUUGCAUCCAGGAAGUAUCAAAAAUGCGGCAAAAUACCUCCCUCUCCAAGUAGAAAGACUCCAGUUUCGAAAGCACUCGCUCUUUUUGUGAGGGAAAGGGUCCUUCAAAACGGAGUUUUUUUUAGUUGGAGAAGGAGGCAUUUUGCUGCAUUUUUGAUACUUCCCGGAUGCAGAAUGGUACGUUUUUUGCAACUGGAUCAGGUCCGACACUGUACAUGAUGCGUUAUUUUUUGUGAAGGCCUCGAAAGUCCGGGGGAAUAACGUUAACGGCCUAAAAAUUUCUUCAAAAUUCCAUUUAUCCCCGAUUUCUUCAGUGACGGAUCCGAUUCAAUGGCAAAAAACAUACCAUUUUGCAUCCGGGAAGCAUCAAAAACGUGGCAAAAUGCUUCCCUCUCCAAGUGAAAAAACUCCGUUUUGAAGAGCGCGCUUUCCCUCACGAAAAAAGCGGGCGCGCUUUUGAAAUAGGAGUUUUUUCACUUAGAGAGGGAGGUAUUUUGCCACAUUUUUGAUAAUUCCCGGAUGAAAAAUGGUACGUUUUUUGCCACUGGAUUAGGUCCCCCACUGUAGCAUUUUCGCCAAAAACUUCAACAAAAUCACCAAUUUCUACCAAAAAAUAGACAUCUGGAUUUUUACUAUACUGGACUUUCAGCGCGACCGCUCCUCCGACCCCCGUUCCCUGGUGAUCCGAGUGGAAGGCUGGGACGAGAUCAGCCCGGUUUCCGUGGAUUCGGUCGGCACUUACUUCAGAGUCGCCCGUUUAUCCCACUCGACCGACGAGAACGGCAAGUCAACGUAUGGCCGCAUUGUGAUCGCCGUUUCAAUGGAACCGAACGGCCGAAAAGUGGUGACCGUCCGGUCGGCCCUCCUGUUGGUCAACCAACUCGCCGAUCCCGUCCAUUUCUCGUUCAUUCAACAGAAGGAACGCUACGAAUGUGAUGUCUUGCCGGGGGAAAAAUUGUUCGCCCCACUGCGAUUUGUGGGAGCCUCGCUUUUGGUACGCCCCAAAUGCGCGAACAUCGAGAAGAGCGCGGAGUUGAAGUGGAGCUGGGCCAAACAACCCGGCGAAGUGACGAAUAAACUGAUCUGUUUCAGCAAACAGGAGGAUGUCCAUCAGUUUUGGUAGGUGAAGAGGGAGCUUGAUUUUUUUUUGUUUGAGGUGGAAAGGCGAUUUUUUUGGAGAAAUGGGAUGUUUAGAGAAUGGUUAUGGAAUUUUUCAGGCAAAAAAUUGAUUUUUUAUGACAAAAAUGGCCGAUUUUUGGCUGGAAAUUGAGAUUUUUAGAGGAAAAUUUUGAUUUUUCAUUGAAAAUAGAGGAAAAAAUGUCUGGAUAGGCUAGAGAUUGAUAGGAUAAAGGAGGAUUAUGGUUUUGUAGAGACGUUUCUUUGAUCUAGACGUUGGUUCGAGCUAUGAGAACAAAUAUUUUUUUUAUAAAAAAUCGAAAUUUUUUGCCCUAUUUUGGAAAAUUUUUUAAAUUUUUAAUCAUUUUUUUUUUUCAAAAAUUAAAAUUUUUUUGUUUUUCAGGAUGUGUGUAUCAGUGAAAAGAGAACAUUACCCGGAAGCCGAAAGCCUUUGCGGUCACUCAAUUUACCUAAUCCCGACCCUGAAUGUCCUCAAUCUUCUCCCCACUGACAUUGAACUCACUUGCAACGAAGAAACCCACUCGAUCCAAGCUGGAGACCGCUUACAAUCGGCCACAGUCAAUCUGGAGAAACGACUGUUGAUUUCGGUGGCGAGUGAUAAGUUCCGAACCGACAAGCCAGCAACGAUUCAGCGGUCUAGUUUGAGGUUAGAUUCUUCGAUUCUUUUUGAUUUUUAAGGGGAUUUUGGAUUUUUUGAGGGGAAUUUAGAAGGGCCAAAGGAGUGUGAGGCAAGUGGAAAGGACUAAAAUGAAGUUUGGAGGGCUUGGAUUAUGGUUUUUACCGUGAUUUGAGAGAUUGGAGGCGGUUUUUAUAUUAUCCAUGAGGUGGUUGGUUAGUUUUGGAAAAUUUUGAUGAAAUGAAGGCUUUAUUGAGCUCUAAAUUACUGAGUUAGCAGUGAAAUGAACUUUUGGAAGAAGGAUUUUGUGGUGUUUGAUCAAAUUUUUGGGAUUUAGAGUAGAUUUCAGUAGAUAUUAUUCAUGAAAUUUAUGGUAAUUUUUGAUAUAAUUGCUGAAUUUUUAUGAUGUCUAAAGCUAAAUGAGACUGUAUGUUAGCUUAAUUUAGCCAACAGAAACGAUCUUCUGCGUAUUUUACAAUGAUGGCUAACUUUUUUCACAAUUUUUCCAUCCCCCUUUCAGCGAACGCCAAGAUGGAACCGAAUCCUGUCGAAUUCUGAUCCGCCUCUUUGAUCAAAACCAACGAGAACUGCAUGUAUACGCCUCGGUUAGCAUCAUCCGCGGAGGCGCAAUCCAUAUUUCUCUGUGGGUACCGUUUUGGAUCGUGAAUCGGUCCGGAAUUCCCUUGGUCAUCAAACAGGAAGCCGCCGAUCAAGAAGCGGCCGGCCAAAUGUCGGACCACGAAAGCGCCAAAGACCGAAAUCCCAUGAUGUUUUCCUUCAGCGACCCGGAUUGCCCGUCACAGUAAGAUUUUUUUGAGAAUUAAGGGAAAAAUCGCGGAUUUUUUAUAUUGUUUUAGACAUUUCAUCGGAUUUUUUUGAUAUUUUGACGGUUUUUUUUAUUUUUGUGGUGAUAAAAGAGUAAUAUCGAAUUUUCAGGUGCGUUGUGAGAAUUGGAACCGAAUUCCAACGAGAAUACCGACCGAAAUUCAGCAGAAGAUUCGCUUUGGUACCCGGAGUUCAGUCCCUUCAGUUGAUGUUAACGCAUGAUACGGAGGCUACACAGUAAGUAAAAUGAUUUUAAAUUUUGUGUUAGGAAAUGAAAAGAAAUUCUAGCUUUUUGUUUUGAGUUUUUAUUUGAAUUUUGAAGGUUUUUGAACACUUUUUUAUAUUACUUUAGGCUCACGUCAGAAAUUUUUUGAUUUUUGAUCUUUUUUGGUGGCUUUUGUUAACUUAAAUGCUUGCAGAAUCUAUAAUAUUGGAGUGGAAGUCCGUCAAGGAACUGGGAGAUACAAGGAUACGCAAGUUGUACUGCUAGCUCCGAGGUAUCGACUGAAUAACCAGUCCAGCCACGAGAUUUAUGUCUCACACCCCGAUGAGAUCAGUGUAAGUGAAGGUUAUAUAUUUUUUCUGACCUAGAAAUCUUGGGAAUUGUUUGAAAUGCGAUUGGUCUAAAAUUGAGCUAGGUUUUUGGGAGUUAUGGAGAUUUUUUAUGUUACACUUGAGGUAUUGUUAGAAUUUUGGAAUUUUUCAAUUUUUUGUUUUAUUUUGGGUAUUGAGAUAGGGUUAUAAGGUGGGAAGUUGAAGUUAUUUGAGCCUGGAGGGAUUUACAUCCCUUUAUUUUAAAUUUUUUAGAGGUUUAUUACUUCUUUCAACAAAUUAUUUGUACUACCCAUGAUAAAAUUCGAUUUUUUUUAGCAACCAAGCAAACAGGUUUGCCUCGCCGCCCGCUCCAACCUAAUAUGGCACGAGAGCUUUGAGGACAAGCGGAUGCUAUGUGCGAAGCGUCUGGACACGAACCAUUGGUCUUGCCCAUUCCGAAUCGAUCAGGUGGGCUCGUUCCAUGUGACGAUGAGGGACCGCGACGAAACCCCCAGAUUCAUCCGAGUUGAAGUCACCCUAAACUCGGCCUCCUUCUGGGUCACCUUCACCGACGCCUCUUUCUUCCCGGCCCCGAUACAGAUUGAGAAUCGCUCGACGGUCCCCGUUUUGUACCAUCAACACACCGAGUCCGCCAGAAAACAUCAUCUAAGGACGAUUUGCAAAGCCAACAGCAUCGUGGAAUACGCAUGGGACGACUUGUACGCACAGAAAUUACUCACCUUGCAGGUGUAUGAAAAUAAAAGCCACACCUAUGACCCGUCACGACCUUCGCAAGGACCCCCAUUGAUAUAUGAAAAUCAUAUUUAUAUUCAGUUCUAUCCAAGUUUUAAGAGGUAAGAUGGCUGAGAAAUAAUUUUUGAGGGCGUUUUAUGGGAUUUGACGGCAUUUAAGAUAUUUUUGAGAGACUUUGGAGCUUUUUUUUAUAAAAAUUUUGGUCAGUAACGUAUAUUAUACUUGACAAAUUUGAAAUUUUUGAGGAUUGUGGGGUAUGAAAAUGAUGUUUAGAGAAUCUUUAGGGAAUUUGGGACGUUUGGAGAGUAUUUUUAACUUGAUUUGGGCAGCUUGGGAUGUUACACAUGGUAAUUUUUAGUAAAAUUUUUUUGGUCAAAGUGAUGUUUUUAGAUUUUGUUGGGUCAGAAAAGCGUGAAGAUAAAUUUUGAAGUAAUUUUUAAGCGGUUUGGAAUGUUUCUAGAGUGAUUUUUUUGUGAUUUGGGAGAAUUUUUUUACAUUGCGCAUGAUAAUUUAGUCUCCAGGCAUUUUAUUUUUACUUAUUUUUUAAUUUCAGGGACCCUCACUCCCAUCAGAACCAAAAUCUGGAAGAUCAGGAGCUCGUUUUCACCUGUCGGAAGGAAGGCAAAGUCCAAUUGACCCGUCAAAACCUCAACGACAGCUCUCAUUCCCAACUCUGGACCUUCACGAAUGAGAAUUGCCUCGAAAAUGUGGGCUUCAAUUAUCGGCAACAUCAAAAAGACAAGAAAUUCGUGUUGGAUGUCCUGGACAAUGGAAGUGUGCUGAUGAUGAGAGAGCGGGAUCCCAUGAGGAAUACCACGCAGAAAUGGAGAUUCACCAAUGUAAGGGGGUUCUUGUGGGUGGGGAAAAUCUAA